CAUUUUCUUGUUUUUAUUUAUGACUUGGAGUAAAUGUUUUACAAGCUUUCGGAUAUGCAAUGUUUGAGUUUGUGCUUAUUGUUGUUGCUGGUGUGCAUGCGUGCACGUGGCCAGCGGAGUUUGCGGGGUCCGUCUGGCUGGACAGUGACCGCGGGCAGGUGGCGUUCACAAGCGUAAGUGUCACCGGAUGGAGUAUUACCGCGCAGGGGGACCAGGAGGUAAGCGGCUGGGACUGCUACUUCCACAACACAACCGGAACAGGAUACACGCUGGCCAUGCAGGCGCAGGGCACUUUUGUUAUAUUCAAGACCGAAUACCGAGCAUUUGCCUGUCUACAGCUUACAAGAGUUGCGGACUCCACAUUUAUAUAUUACCUCAUGUCAGAGGAAGAGACACGUCUGUAUAAGGACCGUCUGUAUGUAAAAGUGGAGCCUAACGGAACCCAGGCCACGCCUUCCGCAGCUGACGUCUGUCUGGCCGCCUCCCACGCGGAAGCGCCACCAGCGAACGAGUAUCAUUUAUUCAUCAAAAACGUAUCGUCGUGAAUUACCUAUACUUAACGCUUACGGUUAAUAGAGUGA